AUGAUGGUUAGAAGUGUACGUAUGCACGUGUGGGUUGUACUCGUGCUGGCAUUGCCAGUGGCACACGCGUUCGCGGAUUAUCUUCUAAAGACUUGCUCGCAAGCCUCUUUCUGUCAAAGGAAUAGACUCUACGCGCAGAAUAUCGCUUCGUCCCCAGCGUCGUUCUACUCAGUGGACACUGAGUCCGUGCAGUUUAGGGACAACGUGUUGUGGGCGGAUGUAGUGAAACACGUACCAAGAACUGAUAUCGACGAUAUUAAAGUUCGACUACCAUUGCGAAUCAGUUUCAUCGCAGAGUCCGCCAUCAGGUUCACGAUCAACGAGGACCGGUACGAGCAAGGUUGUAAGAACAGUGGGCUUGUGCAGUGCGAACGGUUUAACGGUACUUGGGAUUGGGCAGUCGACGGGAAGCACAUUGCGGAGACACCUUUGAAUCUCUCUCACCGCCUCAAGACCACCAAUAAAUGGUCGUUUAGUAAGACCCAGGGUGGGUCUGUAAUGUCGCUGGCCAAUGACCACGGCGUUAAAGUUGAUUUACAGAUGGAUAGGUUCCACAUGCAAGUGUACAGGGACAAUGUCUUGCAAAUGUCCAUCAACGACAGAGAUCUGUUCAAUUGGGAACACUACAGAACCAUAGAGGAAAACUUCCAUAACGUGAACCCACAGGAAUCCACUUUCAACAUGUUCAAAGACGAUUUUAGUUACUCGCAGGACGAUGACAUGCCCAUGGGACCAGAAUCCGUGGCCAUGGAUUUCACCUUCCACAACGUCCAAAACGUGUAUGGGAUCCCAGAACACGCAGACUCGUUGAGACUAAGGGACACCACUGGGUCAGAACCGUAUCGGUUGUUCAACGUGGACGUGUUUGAAUACAACUUGCAGUCAAAGAUGCCCAUGUACGGCGCAAUCCCACUGAUGAUUGGUGCCUCCGCAUCCGACGUGCCCACCGCCAUGGGCAUCUUUUGGUUGAAUGCAGCGGACACCUGGAUCGAUAUCAAUUACAAGAAACAGGAUACAACGACGCAUUGGAUGUCAGAGAAUGGGGUCAUGGACGUGGUCAUGUUUUUUGGCGACACGGCAAACGACGUGACGAAACAGUACACGGAAUUGACAGGAAACCCGACUCUACCGCUGAUGAGCUCCAUUGGCUACCACCAGUGUCGGUGGAACUAUAACGAUGAGUUGGACGUAUUGACAGUAGAGGACUCCAUGGACAAAAACCAGUUCCCAUUCGACUUUAUCUGGUUGGAUUUAGACUACACUGAUAAGAAGCAAUACUUCACUUGGAAUGCAGACUCGUUCCCCAACCCGAGAAGGAUGUUGAAUAAGCUUGCCCGGUUGGGAAGGAAUCUCGCCAUUUUGAUUGACCCGCAUCUCAUGGAUGGGUACGAGGUCAGCGAUAUAAUCAAACGCGAAGAAGUCGAGGUGAAGAAGAACGAUAAUUACACUUUUUUCGGCCAGUGUUGGCCAGGUAGAUCCAUCUGGAUAGAUACAAUGGCUCAGGCUGGCCGUACUGUUUGGGCUAAGCUCUUCCACGAUUUCGUGAACAAAUAUGCGUCCCCCAUUGCCAAUAACCUUCACAUUUGGAAUGACAUGAACGAACCUUCUAUCUUCUCGGGACCUGAAACCACAGCACCAAAGGACCUGCUGCACGACGGCGGAUUUGAGGAGAGAUCCAUCCACAAUGUUUACGGGCUUUCCGUCCACGAAACGACAUACGAUUCCAUGAGGGAGGCUUACAACAACAAUACAAGACCAUUCAUCCUGACAAGAGCAUUCUUUGCUGGAUCUCAAAGGUCUGCCGCCACUUGGACCGGUGACAACAUGGCAACUUGGGAGUAUUUGCAAAUUUCAAUCCCCAUGGUGCUAACAAACAACAUCGCAGGUAUGCCCUUCAUUGGUGCCGAUAUUGCAGGGUUUGCUGGAGACCCAGAGGAGGAACUGCUUAUCAGGUGGUACCAAGCUGGUCUUUGGUACCCAUUCUUCAGGGCACAUGCCCACAUCGACACCAAGAGAAGAGAACCGUAUCUUUUUGAGGAGCCAACGAAAUCGCUGGUGCGUGACUCGAUCAGAUUACGGUACGCUUUACUACCCGUGUUUUACACUGCCUUCCAUGAGGCAAGUGUUAGCGGCACUCCCAUUUUGAAACCGAUGUUUUAUGAGAAACCACAACACCAGGAACUGUAUGACAUCGAUAAUCAAUUUUAUCUCGGUGAUUCAGGUAUUGUGGUGAAGCCCGUACUACACCCUGGUGUUUCGAAAACUUCGAUGCUCUUGGCACCCGGUAUUUACUACGAUUUGACGACUUUUGAGACGCUAUACGUGAGUGGUCAGGAUGCUAAAUCUGUGGAGGUUGACGCUCCACUGCACAAACUACCAGCUUACAUCGAGGGUGGUAAUAUUUUGACCACCAGAGAGAGAUACAGAAGAAGUUCGUCCACAAUGAGGCAUGACCCUUACGUUUUGCUUAUUGCACCUGCCAUCAAUGGUUUCGCACAAGGUGAUUUCUACGUUGACGAUGGUGAAUCGUUUCAAUACGAGCAAGGAGAGUAUUUGACCGCACAAUUCAAGUUAGAGAACAACAUCUUAUUUGGUGUGCCCACUCAUGUGCCAGCGAAUGUUUCCUCUGUCGGGAGCACGCUGAUUGAGAAAAUCGUGAUUCCAGUGUCAGACUCAGAUGUGAAGAUUGGGCCCACUGUCAAAAUUACGCAAGACUCUGUAGAGAGGACUGUAGACGCGAAGAAGCUCGUUUCGGAUGGCGUAGCCAAGCUGGUUAUUGAAAAUUCACUUGUUUCUAUCGACAAACACUGGCAGAUCAAUCUUGUGUAA